GGCGGGAACUCUGGGCUAGGGCUUUUGGCGAUGGAGAAUGCUACGAUCCAGCCAGGCGAUGGCGUCGCCAGGCGCCGGGAAGCUCCAGGGACUUGGAGCGAGGGAAGAUCCUCCACUCUCGCGCGCUCGACUCCGGCUAUGCCUCGAACACUCUCGUCGCCACAGCGCUCCUCCACAUGUACGCCAAAUGCGGCGCCAUGGGCAGCGCUCACGCGAUCUUCCAGGCGAUGCGCUCCCACGACGUGGUCAGCUGGACAGCGCUCAUCCUUGGCUACGCCGACAAUGGCCGCGGCCAUGUGGCGCUCGAUCUCUUCUAUGCAAUGCGGCGCAGUGGCUGUGAUCCAAACGCCAGGACGUUUGUAGCGGUGAUCCUGGCGUGCUCGAGCAUGGCAGCGGUGGACCGACCCAUGGCGAUCGAGAAGGGGCGAUGGGUUCACGAGCAGGCGGCCCAGCGCGGCUUCGACACGGAUAGAUUUGUCGGGAACACGCUGGUGGACAUGUACGCGAAGUUUGGAAGCAUGGCCGACGCUGCCAAGGCUUUCGAUCGAAUGCCACACCGAGACGUGGUGGCAUGGACGUCACUGAUGCUCGGCUACGCGGCCGCCGGCGAGGGGGAGCUUGUUCUCGAGCUCUUCUCGCGGAUGAGAUCGCAAGGCUGUGCUCCGGAUCGCCUGUGCUUCACUGCUGCUCUCACGGCAUGCUCGAUCGUCGCUGGGAAAGAAACUGGCAAAAGAAUCCUAGUGCCAGAAGCUCAUCCAGCGAUGGUGGUGAAGCUCGAGAGCUUGCGAAAGGUGAUGGAGAUCCACUCCCAGGCCGCUACCUCCGGGAAGAACUUCGACGUGUGCCUGAGCAACACGCUGGUGGAUGCCUACUCCAAAUCCGGGAGCUUGCUGGAUGCUCGCCGCGUCUUCGAUCGGAUGCCACGCCACGACGUUGUCUCGUUCACGGCACUGAUGCUCGGAGCGGUGGAGGGCGAUCGAGCGGAGACUGCCCUCGAGCUCCUUGGAUCGAUGAGAGCACGGGGCUGCGAGCCCAAUGCAAGAACUUUCGUGGCGGGACUGAUGGCGUGCACCAACUUGGCAGCCAAAGAAGAAGCUCGGUUGGAAAUACUCCCGGAUGGUACAAGGAUGGCGAUCAAGCUUGCGAGCCUGGAGAGAGGAAUGGAGCUCCACUCGCAGGCCGCCAAGGAACGAUACGACGUCACGGACAUGUUCGUGGGGAACACGCUGGUGGAUUUCUACUCCAAGUGCGGCAGCCUCCAGGACGCGACGAGAGCUUUCGACAGGAUGGCGGAGCAUGAUCUCGUCUCGUGGAACGCCUUGAUAGCGGGGCACCUGGACAACGGCCUGGACGAGCGAGCGCUGCAGCUCUUCCUCGAGAUGGACCGCCGAGGCUGCUCGCCGGAUCCAGCCUCGUACGCCUCGGCCCUCGCGGCCUGUGCCGGGCUCGCGUCUCUGGGAGCCGCGCGAGACAUCCACUGGCGACUCUGCAAGGCCGGGCUGGAGACUGACGCCUUCGUCCACAACGCGCUCGUCGACUUCUACGGCAAGUCUGGCAGGAUGGCCGACGCCGAGCUCGUCUUCCAGUCCCUGGCGAGCGUCGACGUUGUGACCUGGAACGCGCUGGCCGCGGGGUUUAGCCGUCAGGGGAGCUACCGCCUUGUGGUGGAUCUCUUGUGGGCGAUCAAGGACCAAGGCCUGGAACCCGACGGUAUCACUUUCCUGGCGCUUCUCGCGGCCUACGGCCAUGCCGGGCUGGUCGACCAUGGACGCCGGGCCUUCGCCGCUAUGGUGGAGAGUUACCGGAUAGAGGCGGGCAUCGAGCACUACCACUGCCUGGUGGACAUGCUGGGGAGGGCGAACCGGCUCGAGGAAGCCUUGGCGGAGGUGGCGGCAAUGCCGCACAGGCCGAGCUCCGUGACUUGGACGACCGUGCUGAGCACCUGCGUCAAGUGGAAGAACUUGGACGUCGCGAGCGUGGCGUUUGAGUCGCUGCUGGGGAUUGAUCCGGACGGGCCAGCGGCGUACGUGUUGAUGGCGAACGUCUAUGGGAGCGCCGGGAUGGCGGAGGAAGAGGCCAGGCUUCUAGAGCGCGUUAGAUCUUGUUAUCUAACUCCAGGAACACCGGUCGAAGCAUCGAUCGAUUGAUA